AUGGACGAGAAAACAGAUACCACUCCCGAUACCAUUCACGUCGAGGCCCCUUCUGACCCCUACAAGAAACGCGCAGAAACAUGGCACACAAGCACCAAAGAAGCCCGCGCCGCCAACGAAGCCGAGCACUCGAUGACGGUCCGGCAAGCGCUGCGGGCAUACCCCUGGGCCGUGGCGUGGUCGCUGACAAUCUCCAUGUCGAUCAUCAUGGAGGGCUACGACACGAACCUCGUCGGAAAUUUUUACGCGUACCCGGAGUUCAAGCGCCAGUUUGGGCAAGCAUUUCCCCACGGGUAUGAGGUUCCAGAGAAAUGGCAGUCGGCUCUGGGUGCGGGUGGGAAUGCGGGGUGUAUCCUUGGGGCGUUCCUCAAUGGGUAUUUGAUCAAGCAUUAUGGGUUCAAGAGGGUGUUUAUGGGUGGGUUGCUUUGUAUGUGUGGAUUUAUCUUUGUGUCCUUCUUUGGGAAGACGGUUGAGGCGCAGGUCGCUGGGCAGGUUCUUUGCGGAAUCCCCUGGGGCAUGUUCGCAACAAUCGGCCCCGCCUACUCCUCGGAACUCCUCCCAAUGGCCCUCCGCAGCUACUUAACCGCCUACACAAAUAUGUGCUUCGCCAUCGGCCAGUUCCUCAGCAUGGGCGUGCUCCAAAGUCUCCUCAACCGCCCCGACGAAUGGUCCUACCGAAUCCCCUUUGCGGUGCAAUGGAUCUGGCCUGCUCCGCUCUUCUUCAUCGCAUUCCUCAUGCCCGAGUCACCCUGGUGGCAGGUCCGAAACGGGCAGUACGAAGCCGCCGAGAAAACCGUCCAGCGCCUCAUGGCCAAAGACGAGGCGCACAACGCACGGCAGAUGGUCGCGAUGAUGAUCCACACGGAUAACAUCGAGUGCGAGAUCGAGGCCGGGAGCUCAUACUGGGAUUGUCUGAAAGGCUCGAAUCUGAGGCGGACGGAGAUUGCCUGUGUCGCGUUUGCGGGCCAGGUUCUCGCGGGCAGCCAGUUUGCGUAUUCGGGGACGUAUUUCUUUGAGCAGGCCGGGAUGAGUCCCGAUGACGCCUAUAAGCUUGCGCUGGGGGGGACGGCGAUUGCAUUUCUUGGGACGGUGCUUUCGUGGUUCCUCAUGAAGGGGUUUGGGCGCCGCCCCAUGUAUCUCGGUGGGCUGUCGAUGAUGUGCGCGUAUUUGUUCAUCAUCGGGAUUCUCGACCUUGUCCGCGAUAGGCCCGGCGUCAAAUGGGCGCAGUCCUCCCUCUGCAUCAUCUGGCUCUUCACCUUCUCGCUCUCCAUCGGACCCCUUGGCUGGUCCAUCGGCCCCGAAGUCUCAUCCACCCGCCUGCGCUCAAAGACAAUCGUCCUCGCGCGAAACACGUACUACAUCGCGAUCGUCGUGGCAAACGUAAUCGAGCCAUACUUUAUGAAUCCGACGGCGUGGAACUGGAGAGGGAAGACCGGGUUCUUCUGGUUCGGGACUGGCUUCGCGACGCUCGUCUGGGGGUUCUUUAGGCUAACGGAGACAAAGGGGAGGACCUUUGAGGAGCUGGAUAUCAUGUUUGCAGCCAAGGUGCCGACGAGAAAGUUUAAGCGGUAUCAUGUUGACGCGUAUGCGGAGAAUUUGGACAUCAAGGAUCGGGCCAGGGAGGGGACAGCUGUUGAGGCUUGA